CCCACACGGGCACAUACUCUUCUCUGUCUCUCGGAGUGUCAGAGGGAGGAAGUGGGAGAGAGAGAGCUAUCAAGAAGAAGAAGAAGAAGAAGAAGAAGAGGGAGACAAAGAAGAAGAAGAGGAAGAAAUUAGGGUUUCAAAGGAGCCGGAUUCGGAUAAUGGAGCUGUGGUGGCUGCUGCUGGUUCUGGGCGUCUCCUUCGCGCUCUGCCGCUUCCUGCUCAUGCUCAUUCCGCCCAACGUCCCCUCCAUCUACGUCGACGCCUCCGAUGUGUUGGAUGACGGGAAUCAUCCCAUGGAGGACACUUUCAUUUACAUCCCAAGCAAAGGGAAGGCUGCUCAGGCAGACAAAGUUCAAUGCUAUGAACCUGCAACAAUGAAGUAUCUGGGAUAUUUCCCUGCACUGACGGCUGAGGAGGUGAAAGAGCAUGUCGACCAGGCAAGGAAGGCACAGAAGGUGUGGGCAAAAAGCAGCUUCAAGCAAAGGCGCCUGUUUCUACGAAUUCUUCUUAAAUACAUUAUUGAACAUCAAGAGCUUAUAUGCGAAACCUCUUCUCGGGACACUGGAAAGACUAUGGUUGAUGCCUCUUUGGGAGAAAUAAUGACAACAUGCGAGAAGAUAACUUGGCUUCUGGCUGAGGGUGAGCGGUGGCUAAAGCCUGAAUAUAGAUCUUCUGGGAGAUCAAUGCUUCAUAAGGUAUCAAGAGUGGAAUUCCAUCCCCUUGGUGUUGUUGGUGCAAUUGUUUCUUGGAACUACCCAUUUCACAACAUCUUCAAUCCCAUGCUAGCUGCAGUAUUUGCUGGGAACGGCAUUGUGAUAAAGGUGUCAGAGCAUGCUAGCUGGUCGGGAUGUUUCUAUCUCCGUAUUAUUCAGGCAGCCCUAACUGCUGUAGGGGCACCCGAGCAUCUGGUGCACGUGAUAACAGGGUUUUCUGAAACUGGGGAAGCACUUGUAUCAUCUGUUGACAAGGUCAUUUUUGUUGGAUCACCAGGUGUGGGAAAGAUGAUUAUGAAGAAUGCUGCAAACAAUUUAACACCAGUUACACUUGAGCUUGGUGGGAAGGAUGCAUUCAUAGUAUGUGAUGAUGUAGAUGUGCCUCAUGUUGCACAAAUUGCAGUUAGGGCUGCACUUCAAUCAAGUGGGCAGAACUGUGCUGGUGCAGAGAGAUUCUAUGUUCAUGAGAAUGUUUAUUCUGAUUUUGUUGCUCAAGUUGCCAAGAUCGUCAAAUCUGUUCGAGUUGGUCCACCGCUAACCGGUAGGCAUGACAUGGGUGCCAUAUGCAUGCCUGAACAUACUGAUAGGCUCCAAAGCCUCGUCAAGGAUGCCUUAGACAAGGGGGCUGAGAUUGUUGUGAGAGGAAACUUCGGCAACCUGGGGGAGGAGGUGGUUGGCCAGUUCUUUCCACCUACCGUCAUGAUCAAUGUUAACGAUACCAUGAAGCUAAUGCAAGAAGAGACAUUUGGGCCUAUUAUUCCGGUUGUGAAAUUCAGCUCUGAUGAGGAAGUUAUAACAAUGGCAAACGAUUCAAACUUCGGACUUGGAUGUGCCGUCUUCUCGGGAAGCCAACGCAGAGCGAGAGCGAUUGGUUCUCAACUACACUGUGGUGUUGCUGCAAUCAAUGACUUUGCAUCUAAUUAUAUGUGUCAGUCUCUCCCAUUUGGAGGUGUGAAAGACAGUGGUUUUGGACGAUUUGCUGGUGUGGAAGGGUUACGAGCAUGCUGCCUUGUGAAAUCCGUUGUUGAGGAUAGGUUUUGGCCGUUCAUCAAAACUGUCAUACCAAAGCCAUUGCAGUAUCCUGUGGCCGAGAAUGGCUUUGAAUUUCAAGAGUCGCUUGUUGGAGCUCUCUAUGGCUUGAGCAUAUGGGAUCGCCUUCAUGGGAUAAUCAACACUUUGAAGCUUCUUUCAGACCAAAAUACUGCAGGGGCAGCGGGACGUGGUCAUUAAGCCCGGAACUUAUCAGAUGAACCGACCAGCUCCAUGGAUAGUUAUGUGCGGAAGAUUCUUUUGAAGAAAAGAAAUGGACGCUCAUAGCUGGAAGAAAUCCAAACGCAUUCGUUUCCAGACCUGCAAAAGCUUCCUAAGUUUUGCCCUGUAAUUUCAAUCAUGUGGAAUUUUGUACUGAAGCUCUGUUUACUGAUUUUUUCUAAUGUAGAUGACACACGCUUCCUGCCUGCUUAUGCGGUGCUUCUUGAUUUCAAUCUCAAUUUAGAAUGUCUAUAGUUUUCAAAAACAGCAAAAAAAUGUAUUGACUCAUGUAGUUGUGACACAUCGAAGGAAAAAUCUUACCUGUUUCA